ACCCAACUGAAUAUAAUGCUACGUGUGUCGACUUUGAAUUAUAUUCAGUAUCAUAUUUAGUACGCACCCUGUGUAUUUGGUGCCUGAGUUUACUGGCAUGACACACGAGACAUACACUGGCUGCAGGAUUAUUCAUGAUUUUAGCUGGUCUAUAUUGUUGUAACCUGUAACAGCUUCGUAUUUAUGACGAUCAAGUUGUUUGGAUUAAGUCAACAUGCACAAAGAGCAAUGGAUACUCAUCGCCAUCGGCUUCGUUGUUGUUUUCUACGAAGCGGAUAUCUACAUGAACGUCUCUGCGCUAGAAUGCUUUGAAUGUGAAUAUGUAAUGACGAGUUAUGAUAUCGAUUCGGAGUGCAUUCUUAUGCCUAAUGCGUCCAGUGAUAGUAUUGAGGAAACCAAUUGCGAUGGAUUGUGUUACACGGAAUAUACCAAAAUUUUCGGCCGGCCUAUUUUAUUUCGACGCGGAUGUUCCGAUGAUUGUGAAGAGGAAUCUACGUGUGACAAGUUUACGGGGACAUGCAGAAGCUGCUGCAACACUACGGACCUGUGUAACUCAAAUCAAUACACAACGAAAGAUUUAGUCAAUUUAGAAAAUAUUUAACUUUAAAUGUCAAAAUGACAUUUCAGCGGGCGUACUUGAAGAGAGGAUCACGGUGACGUCAAAAACAAAAACACUAUGUUGAGAAACUGUUAUACUUUACUUUGUACGACGUUAAUUUCGGUCUAUUUACAGCAGAGAAGCACUAUAUCGCUAGAAAGUGGGGCUUAUCAUGCACGUUACGCAAUAUGUGCAUGCGAUUAGUAAGUACGAUCAAUACACGUGCAUAAA